AUGGCAAUGCGUGAUUUGGUGGAGGGUGAAUGUGGGAGCGCAAACCCUUUAAUGAAACUUGUCACACACUUUACACAAGAUCAGUCAUUCCAACAGGUAAGCAUUUUAAUGCAGUUUCUCUUUACCAGUUUUCAAGUGGUAUAGUCUGCAAAAACAGCCGUUUCCCCUCACUCCUCGCUGCUGGGGAUGUUUUACGAGGAGGAAUGUCUGCGACUCAGUGACAGAUAUUCCAUACUGAUGACGUAAAAUCUGUCCAGAAUCCGGUCAGAAGCGCUGAUUCGUUGACGGAGUAGUUGCAUUGUUUAGCUAUUGUUUACGAAUGACAGACAAAAGACAAAAGACAAAAGGCCACAAUGGUCAAAUGUAAACACUAUGAAUCUCUAACAAACAGUCAAUAUUUGUGGAAUAUAGUCUUUUCCAGAAGAGGCAUAUUUUGAGUUUUUCGUGAGCCCGUUCACGGAUAAACACAACACUUUACCAAAAUCGCCUGGGAGAUACGUAAAAUUGAUCAAAUUUGCAUUUGGAACCCUAUGACUACCGGAUUUAUUAUGUAAACAUUGAUUUACGUCAUCAGUAUGGAAUUUCUGCCGCUGAGACACGGACGUUCCUCCAUGCAAAACGUCCCCAGUAGCAAAGAGCGAGGAGAAAUGGCUGUCUUCGUAGGCUAUAAGUGGUAGUAUAGGUACAUGUACGUAAAUACUAUGAUUCACCUUUAAAUUUUUAUUUUGUAGACAUUACUCUUCAACUUCUUAAUCUUCUUUUUCUAUCUGAAAUACAAAUUUAGGAGGGUCUGGUGCAAGACAGAUUUGGACCCCACAGAGAAUUGGUAAUAUGUUUAAGUACAAAUAUUAUGAUAAAAUAGUAAUAACAAUAAUAAUAUUGAUAACAGUAAUCUAUUUUGUUAUGUAGCUAGAAAUUUCUUCCUAACAGUGUGCGCUCUCAUCGGUUACUUUGAGGUCACAUGACAUCUAACAAUGAAACUGUUUCUCCCCAAAAUCUCUGAGUGGGCAACAUUGCAAAAUCUAUGACAUCAGAGGGUAACAGUGCACUGUUACCUGCUAAUGUUGACCAUUUAUCUCUGUUACAAGGAGGUUUAAUGAAUUUCCAGCUUCCAAAAAUUUCCAGCUAUAUACAAAUCACAGAAAGACUGAUCCUUCAGGAAACAGUUUAUUUUGUUUCCCUCAAAUCUCAAUGUUUUCUGAGGCAAAGUUGAAGGAAUCAUUAUUAUUCCAGGGAAACAAAAUGGGAUGGACCAGUCAUUUAGUGGUUAAUAAUGAAUUAUCAUAAUAGCGAUACCCAGUAACAAUCUGACAGUGAACAAAAAAAGGUGCUUACUGUUAAAUUAUUUCUCUUUUUAUUGUACAAGUGCUUCCUUGCCCAUUACUGAAGUUAUUAUUUUUUAAAACAAGGUUGUCAAUUUUACGAUGAUUAUUUUUCAGGGUGAAAGGGCUUUUCAUGAGACACAUCAAGAUGAGGUAUUUUAUUUCAUUUUUAAUAGUUAUUUUUAUUGAAGGCUUCCUGCAUGUUAUGUGCAAAAAGGGGUGUAAAUGAGGAUUUUCUACCAAAAACCUCAUGAUGGUGAUGAUGAUGGUUUGGAAUUUUUGCCUUUUCACCCAAAGGGAAUCACUUGUCUUUUGUCACUCAUAGGAAAAGAAAUGAGAAUUAUUUUGUUGACUACAUUAUUUUAUUGUCCACAGAUACAUGUAACCCCAGAAUGGGGCUUUGCAAAUGAAAAGUGCUUGUCACCAUUAUUUCCAGAUCCUUUUUGUUUCCAUGCAUUCUGAGGUUUACGAAUUUGUCAGAAUUUGUGUUGUGCGUGGAUCUCAAGUCACCUUCGUAUAAAUAUAUAUAUUGGGUUAGUGUCUGCAAUUUUCUACCAACAAAACUGCACGAAACAAAUUAAACCUCUUCUCGAAGUUCAAACAUCUUAAUCUGCCAUAGCCUGCGAGCAAGCUAUCCUAUUUGGGCGAGCAAAGCAAGUCUCGCGAGAACGCGAGAAAAGGAGAGCUUGCAACAAUCUCUCAUAAAAUUUCAUUUGUACUUCACUCAGACGAAGGGAAAUACAAUUGGCUGAAAAAUGACGUUCCGGAAAACAAAGUUGAUUGAUAACAGGCCAAGCUGGCACCUCCUUCGUCGGCGUGUCAAGUUUGGUUCUCAGGGGGAUCAGAUUGGUACCGACAACUUGUUUCAGCCCUCAAAGCAGACCAGGGGGCUCGUUUAAUUUAGUUCUCGCAAAGAGAAUACAUGAAUUGCGAGCCGAGGAUAAGUUGGACCAAGUUUAUAGUUCUUGUGGAAGGAAAAUGAAAACCCUUUCUCAGUUGUAUUCGUUUGUGUCAAGCGCGUUGUUAAGUUCUGAAAAUAAGAAGAGUGAAAGUGAAGAGAGAUUCAAGCACCCGGUUCAAGCACUGCCUUCCAACGUCGGUUUCUUCCACCGGGUAGAAAAAAUCAGAAACAUGUACUUGACAAUGUAGCUGUGUAGCUUGACUGUAAAGAAGGGCAAGAGAAAGAGUUGGUAGCAACUGGAGUACAACUUAAGAGAACCAAGUCCAGGUAAACGCUACUCUCCAGUUCUGGAACGGACAAAUAUAUCUAAUGUUUUUGUUGGUGAUUGCGACGGGGAGUAGUCUUCUACGCUGUAGUAUGGACGACUUUUCAAAAGUAAACGAAACGAGAAUCAAAGUAUUGAGUUCUCAUCCGAGCAGACACGUUGAUAUCUUCAGUGAUUAAAAAUAUUGUUUUGGUGCUGUUGCAAAAGUGAUUUAUUAGGGAUGGACCAUUAGAAAAGUUACAGGGGAGAGGGGAAUUUUCGAGCCGCAGGAAUUUUUUUUGUUAUCAAAUUCCUUGUAUGAGUUUUUUAGGCCAUAGCAUGAAUAUUUUUUAGGAUUAUUUGGCGUGCAAGAAUUUUUUUCAUUUAAUUUUCCCUUGCCCGAAUAUUUUUUUCUGUACCUCGCCUGCCCCCCCCCCCACCCAUAAGUUUUCUAAUGGUCGUCCCUAAAUAAAUAAUUCUAUGUGCCCUCAGCUGUCUAAACUUGACAGGCGGUUGUCACUUUUCUAAUCUGCAGCACGUAUGUGGUGACAGUUUUCAUGCUUUGCUGAGUCCAGGGGGCUUCCAGGGUGGAAAUGAAAAUUUAUGAGAGAUCGUUGCAAGCUCUCCUUUCCUCUGCCCCUUGCUUGCGCGUUAUCACAAGGCUCGCUUCGCUCGCCCAAAUAGGAGAGCUUGCUCGCAGGCUAAAUCUACCAUCAGGAGCAAAAGCUAGCAUAGUGCUAGCUAUAGAUUUGUUAAGAACAUUUUGGGUAGGUUUGGUUCUGUUUGUCUGCUAGCCAAUGCCUAAGUCCUCAUAUUGGCCACCACUGUACUUGCACCUAGCAGGAUUUGAGUAUGCACCAUUAUUUGCUUCUGUAAAGAGCCAUUGUUGAUCUGCCAAUCAGGUUGAUAGGAAAUUGUUAGAAAUGCACUUUUGGUUAAUUGUUGAGUUUUUUGGGCCCCAGGCUUUGCAGACGUUACAAGCUGGGGUUAAAUUACAUCUGCGACACAGAGUACAUUUUUUAUUAAAUAAAAAAUGUACCCUGUUCAUAGACAAUACUACUCCUAAGAUACAAAAGGUAGCAAUAAAUACUGGCAGUAAACGUAAAAGAGAUGUUUGAAAAAAUAUUUAACUGAUAUACACUUUUGUUUUUGUUAUCCCUUAGUUGGUGUCAGAAUUUCUCCAUGAUCCAAGGACACAUGCCCCUCCCCAGUCAUUUCGCAUGGGUGAUUUGUUACAUGAAAUGAAAGAAAUUGAGCAGAGAAACUUUCAUCAUACUCCUGUUAGAGGUGGGUUAAUUCUAGUCAAUUCUUUGUAUUGGGUUUGGAAGUCGUAAGUAGUAAUUUAUUAUUUGGAGGAGACUUGUCUGAAAGUGUUCUACAUGUAAGUCAGGAUCAGCAAUGCCCACAUAUAGCACUGCGCACAGAUUCUAAAAGUAGUCUACAUCUGAUAAGACCCCCCGCAUGACUCCUACAAACUUUGCUUCUCACUCAGAGGCUUUGUAUGCACGUUUACCAAGCGUUGAGUCAAAACAUUGUUUUUUUCACGUAUUUUUACUGGGAUAUGGCAAACAACAAGCAUUACAGCUGGGAAGAAUGUGACAGGAACUCAAGGAUCCCGGAAAGAAAGCAAAGUGCGCUGUGUUUUGUGGCAGUGAUCAGGCAGCUGGGAAAUGUUUUGAAAGAGGUAGAUACAUGACAGUCUUAAAUUUAUUCCAUUUUCACAAAUUCUCCGAUUUAAUUCUUCUAAAAACAUAAAAUGCUUCUGUAGAAAUCUCAAGCGAUUUCAAACAUUGCCUUUGGUUUGAGGUAGACUCAAUUGUCGACCUUUGUUCAUUUUGUGAAUUCUCAUGGUUUUCAACACCUCACCGGCGUGACGCACUGAGUUAGUUUUCAGGAUAUCCAGAAAAAUUACGGUCAAAACCUCCCUGAAACAUUAGAUGUUUGUUCGCAAAUGCCAAGCAAUUCUGAAACAGGUUUGGUCUUCUAGUGGACGAAUUCCCUGAGCUUGAACAUUAUUUGAAUCUCGAAUCCCGGGGACGGCCCGGAAUGGCCCAGCAGUCUAAAAUGUUUUUCACGAAAAUCUGAAGUUAUCAAAUAUCUGGUACGACUAUGACUCCUUCUACUUCGGCACAGAAAUCGAAAUUUCUAAACAAUUAUCAAAUUUUCUUUAAAGAAUUUGAUGAGAAUUCUUUGAAAACAUUUACCGGCUGGGCUGCACAUAAGGUAUCGAGACACGGCAUUCAAAAGUUCUCCCGUACGAUACAGAAGACGUUAAAACAGCGCUGCUUUAGCGACUUAUUAGCGCUGCAACGAGCGCUGCAGAAAGGUUGCACGAACGCUGUUUUCCGUUCGCUGCAGCAGUGCAUUUUUGUGACUGCGUGAACGCUGCGGUAGCCACACUGAGAGCUGCAGGAGCGCUGCCGUAAAGAUGCAAAAAAAUAGCCACACGAGGCCAUACGGUCGAUAAACAGCUUUUAUGCAGCGCUGUGCAGCAUUAGUGAAGCGCUGCCAAGAACAGUUGUACGAAAAAAAGAAAUGCAGACUUCAACAAUACAAUAAUCAUGAGACAUGGUAAAGGAGUUGACAAGAGGCCUUAUAGUAGCGGAGUAAAAACCACAAGAAAUACAAAAUGCAACUGAUACUUUAUUAGUAUUCACGCUGCACCGCGUUACAAAAGCAGGUGACAUAUAAAAAUCUACGACAGUCUCGCUUUGUAAAUAUUCAGCAAUCACGGUCACUCAUCUAAAUGUAAGAACAUCCAUUAACAUGCCGACAUUGAAGUUUAUCUUUUUUUUAAAAUAAAGAGAAUAAGAGCGAUUGUUCUACAUAAAGUUUGCACGGACAGCAGCCAAAUGAUGUUUUGAUUCGUUGCAACAGCCUAACAUCGCUCACCUUGACGUUUUGUCCAUGAUCCACGAUCUGCCGUCACUGUUUUCAUGAAAGAAAUCAACCCAAUUUUACCUUGGUCGCCGUUAAAUUUACAAUGGACUAAGGAACGUACAUCAUCGUGAACGUUUGAAUCUUGUAAAUACAUGCGCACCCCAGCUCAGAUUCUUGUAUCUGUGUUGCUUGCUCUGGUUCGAUUAAAUCGGUACUUGGCGUAGAAUUCACUGAACAGUGCCGUUGUUUACAAAUACCUUUGAGCUGUUCCAUCCAAAAACAUCAACAGAACUUCCACCUCGAAACACUGAACUAGAUGCUAAACACUUACAAUGUAUGAAUGUUUGCGCCUUUCAUUCAACGGUCGCAAAUGUUUGUCCAGCGAUGUAAUGUGAUCUGAUGCAAAAGUGCCGACCAAUUAGAUUACAGCCUAGAAUGUCUCCAGGGAAUUAGCGAUAACAUUCCCACACUCGCCAGUCACGGAAUAAAAUUUAUUGAAAUCUUUAUUGGACUUUAUUCCAAAAGCAUAGAAUUUGGAGGUUUAUUCAAUAAGUGAUCUUCCCUGCGUACAAGCUUACUCACAUUUCUUAGAGGUACAGUCAAAGUUUUCUCGUUAUGAAAGCCGUAAUCUGUGGCAAAAGGCUUUUCUGGCGGUUCAUGUUAUGAGCGCUCAAGAACGUUGUGCUAUCAGAUCCAGCGUAGCUGAAUUGUAGCGUUACUGCAGCUAUUGAAAGUCGGCAACUGCGCUGCAAAACUGCUGCCGAGAGCUUCAAAGGCAGCACCAGCGCUUUUGCAUCCCGCUGCAACUUGGAUUAAGCUGUUGUUUGGCUUCUAAAAUGCUGCUAAACAGCUGUAAUUUAGCUGUACAGCUAUUUUGUGGCGCCGUACAGCGCUGCAAGUUUCGUACGGUUUUGCUCUCCAGGGUUUUAAUUUUGAAGAUCUUUAAGUCCUUAUUUGGUAUCUGCAGCGUUGUGCAGCGAUAAUGCAGCCUCAAGCGUCGCUUGUAUUCAGGUUGUCAUAUGGAGUGGUUUCAAUGUUUAUAUCUAAGUCUCAUUGCAGCUUUUAAGCAGCGGCCCGCAGCGCUGCUUUACCGCUGCUUUACCGUGGCAAAAUUUUGCAGCGCUUUCGCAGUGCACGAAAUGUGACGUUCUCUGCUUUAGCGACUCACGAGCACUGCUUUACAGACGCUUAAGCGCUGUGCAACCAUAAAAGUGAACUGCUGCAGCGCUGCGGCAGCGUUGCGUCGUUCGUACGGGCUCUCAUUUUCCGCUCUGCUUCAAUCCUUUGCACUUGAGCAAUGUUUUGAUUUAUUCUACAUUAUAUUUUCCUGGAUGUUCCGUGAAUUUCGAAACUGAAAUGCUCCUAAAAACGCUAAAAAGGUGAGCAGAACUGAUCACAAACUUUGCGUUUCCAUACAGCGUUCUUGUGACCUCAAGCAGAAAUGGCCAAUGUUUGUCUGAGUCUCAGUGGGGGUCACGUUUUUGUGACAUCGUCUGUGCUUAAUGCUAUUGUAAUCAUAGUGCAAACAUUAAGUGUUAGUUUGCAAUAAAUUGUUUGACAUCUUUACAUGAGUUUUUUUGAACUGGAUCUUCCCGAUACACAGGUAUAACUUUCUUUUGUGAUUUGCAUUCAAGCUCUACUGCAUUUUAGAUAAUCUCACACAUGACAAUGUUGUUAUAGAUCAAAAUGGUUUAUGAGGUGUAUGACAGCAGCAGAAAUUGAGCCUACAUGUACCUCUAAAAUUUACGGUGCAGUUAACUUUGAUAAACUUGAAUGAGACUGUUGUGUGAGUAUACUCCACCGUUCACACAGUCUUGAAAAGACCUUAAAUUUUAGGGGAAGUCCUUGAAAACUCCUUAUCUUUCUGUGCAAGUCCUUGAAAAGUCCUUGAAUUUUCUUUAACUUUCAAUUCAGUGGCCUGGAAAGUGUUUUUGAUGCUUUUUUUUGGUUGUCCAAGACAGAAUAUUAAUCAUAACUCAGAGAAUUUAAGGGUUAUUUACUAGGGUGCAAAGAAAAUCAUUUUUACAGCUUGCCAUUCGAGCAAGCUGAAGCUAACAUUAAGUUACUAGCCCAAGCAUCAUUCCAGCUAGCCCCAGAAACGUUUUGAUGAGCACAUUGAUUUCACAGUUCUUCUGUAAUUUGAAUUCCUCAAAAAACUUCACUUGCCUGUCGGGCAAGUUAAUAACAGAAUUCACUAGCCUGAUAGCAAAAUCCACUAGCCCCGGGCUAUCGCACACUACUUUCUUUGCACGCUGUUUACAGAAAGUGCUCAAUGUUUUAUGCAAUAAUUAACUAUCAAUUGAAGACAAGUGAAAGUCUGAAAAAUGUAGAGGGGUUGAUGAAGCAAACAGUUCAAGCCUUAAAGAAUACUAUUAUUAGAAUAGACUGGGAAUGUGCAUUUUUGUACAAUCUGUGAAAUUAUAUUCCUGGUGGGUGGUAGUUGAAAAUCUAAUGUGGUCCUUGAAAAGUCCUUGAAAAAUGGUUGCAAGUUUUAUUUGUAUGAACCCUGUACUCAUAUAAUAUUUGGUUCAUUAAUAUUCAGCUUAUACUUAACAAUUAUGUCAUUUUUUAAAACAAUAUAAAUUAGCUCCUGGUAUUGCUGAUUUGGCAUCAAGUGAAUGGGCUGCAGAGUACAUGUCAACAGAAGUCCAAAGAGCUGAAGGUAUGACUGGUUACUUAUCAGAUACAUAAUACAUUGAAAUACAGUCUAGUAUUAAACUGUGUUAAAGUUAGCUAUCAGAAGUUAAGAGGCAGCAGUUGUAGGAUUUAAUUCAUCAUUCAUUUAGGCAGCCUCAGCUGAACUAGUCAGCUGGCUGCGUAGUCUGCUUUACUGUUCAUGCGGGUUGAGAGUUUGCUGGUGGGUGCCACCCCAAUGUCCUGCAUCAGGUUGUCUAUGAAUGUACAUUCAGGGCUUCUGAUAUUUCGCGAAAAAAAAAACAAAAUUUCGCUGGAUUUUCAGGGGCAAAUUCACGGAAAAAUCGGGAAAAAAGUAAAAAUUCGUUGAAAAAUCGGUCGACUUCGCGGGAUUUUCGGGGGAGGAAAGUCAAAAUUCGCAGAAAACUCGCCCAAUUUCGCGGGAUUUUAGCGGAAAAAAGUCAAAUUUUGAAGGAUUUUCAGGGCAAAUUCUUAGAAAAAUUGGCCGAUUUCACGGGAAAUUUCGGGGAAACUUCGCCAAGAAACAAUCAGUAAAAAACAGCCGAUUUCGCUGGAUUUUGUUUGGUAAAUUUCGCUAAAAUCGAUCAAUUUUGCGCCGAUAUGACCAGUGUUGUUUAACGUUUUUUUUAACAGGGAUAAUCAUUUGCUCUUUCAGCAACAACCUCGUUCCCAGGGUUCUCUCCUACCCGCCCUAUGGAGCGCGUAGGGCGGGUAGGAGAGAACUCUGGGAACGAGGUUGUUUCAACAACAGUUCGCUUGAGAGAUGAGCGAAUGCUAAAGCUAUUAACAUUGUGGUUAGUGCCCAGUUUUUCGCAACAUUAAUCUCAGAACGCCUAGUAGUUUUGGGACGUUGUUUAUUCGUUGCAGUGACGAAGUUUCAAGGUAAAUUUGGACGUUUGAGGUGAAUAAAACAGGUCUAAUAGCCAAGAUAAGUAUUACAUAUGUUUUGCCGACAUGUAUUUGGAAAUAUUUCUAGCGGAUUUCGUGGUAUUUCGCGUUUUUUUGGGAAUUUCGCAGGAUUUCGCUGAAAAGCCUGAAUUUCACGGGUCCGCGACCGCGCGAAAUAUCAGAAGCCCUGUGCAUUGUAGACACUGGGCGACUGCAUUGUACAGCUGUAAGUGUCUGUAAUUUGGCCUCCACCGGACAAGCUGGCUUGCUGGCAAUUUCAGUGAUAGUGGCAAUGGCCAGCAAGACCAUGCCUUUUGAAUCCAUUCCGGUCUGACAAGGUUGGAUGGUUGCAGUACAGUUUGGCAUUGGGGACUUGCUCCCGCCAACUGGUGUUAAGGACGCUGCGGAGCAUGCGGGUAUAUGUUCCACUGAGGGACUUUUCCUAGUGAUAGUAAGGAUUAUAGGAGUAGGAUUUAAUGGAGUUGUGGAAUUACCUGUAACCUCAUUUUAGGUAUCCCACUGAUGAACAGUUAUUAAUAUUAGAUAUUUCCAGGAGCAGCAACAAUAAUAAAAUUUAAUAAUAAUACCAUAAACUUUCACCAAUAAACCCUCCCCCCAGUUGUAGGCCCAUCUACAAUGUACGGUGUACCUGUAAGAUAAGAUAAGAUAAGAUCAUUUAUUUAAUGUCAGAUACACAGGGGGUGGUCUCCCAAUCCCCCGAGCCACGGGCUCAUGAUAAAAGUGUUUGACAAUAUAAUAGAAAAAUCAAUUAAUUAAUAUCUCAAUAGCAACCAAUUAACUUAAAAAAAAAUAAUAACAUCCAUCUAUAAAAAUAAAUCGGGUCAAAGGCAAUUGCUGCAUUGACAACCGAUAAAAUUUAACUUAGUUAAAAGUCUCCGAAAGGAUGAUGCGUUAGGUGCGUUUUUUACAGCAGAUGGCAACUGGUUCCAGAUGUGUGAGGUCAUGUACGCAUAUGAACCAUGAAGGAAUCUACUAUUAUAAGAAGUUUGAACAACAUUUAGACCAUUGCUUCUAAGAUUAUAUGGUGUAACUCAGGGUUUGAAUAAAUUGGCUACAUAGCCUGGACCAUUCUCCUUGAAACAUUUAAAAAAUAUCAUUAAGGAUUGUUCUAUGCGUCUAUGUUCUAAGGUAUUCAUCUGCCAUCCUAAGAAUUGAUUCAUAAUUGGUACUUUUCCCCAUGUUCAUUAUAGUUUGUAGACCAUAAUAGUUCGCAUCUUCCAGUUUCUUGUUACGUGUUUUACCUAUACCCAAAAGUAAAGAGUUGCAGUAUUCAAAAUGUGAUAACACAAAGCUCUUGUAAAGAAGCAACAUAGUAUUUGCCGGUACUAAACGCUUAAGGCGGCAAAGUGUGCCUAUCUUGGAAUAUACUUUCUUCAGCAUGAUACUUAUAUGUUCUCUAAAAGAUAAUUUGUUAUCUAAACAUAUUCCUAGGAUCUUUAAAUGGUUGUUAAUAUCAAUGGGAGUGCCGGCAAACUCCAGGUCGUAUCGAUAGGAUGAGUUCCCAAGGAUCAUCGCCUGGGUCUUGUCCUCGUUAACCUGUAGAUAGUUAGAGGCAAACGAGGAAGAUAGUUUUUAAACAAAAAAAGCUUCAAAAAGCAUGUAAAUUUAAAAAGUUUGUUUAAACAGCACUGUUAUGUCACUUUUUUGAAACACUUUUUUGAGUCUAGUUAUAAGCCUCCCACCCCCACCCCUGGAUAUAAGCUCCUCCAUUUUAGUCAGGAAGCACUUUCACGCAGGGCGCUCAUUUUUCAUUUUCGCUAAACAUUUUGUAAUGAGUAGAAGCAGGCAACAUGGCUUAACGUCUUCAUCUUGCCAUCCUGAUUAAGAAUUGUGCUGUUGCCCACUCCAAAUGUUAUGAUAUCUGUCAUUAAGAGGGUUUUCUGUCUAGGCCCUCGCUCCAGCAGCAUGAAAACGAGGCUGAACUGUAACAUUUAUAUAAACCCAAUAAAAAGUGCACAAUAUGAUGGGGAAAUAGCUGAAUCUUUGCUACUUGACAUUAGAACUCAAAAGACAUUAGUGUGGGAGAUAAAAUGCGUCACGUGAUCAGUUAUGAAGAGUCAGGUGACUUUCCAAUAAAAUCGUUUUUAAAGCAUAAAAGACCCUCUAUUCACACUUUCCUUUAAUAUAGUUUUCAACUUACUGACGUUUCUCUUUGCGAUUUACACAUCCAACAAUAAAAACACAAAAAUGCAAUAAGCUGCAAUAGGUGAUCAACUAUGAUGGGUCACGUGACUAGAUCACAACCAUUGAAUAGAUACUGAAUUAGCCUUAGCUGUGUGAAUAGCGUGAUUGAUUAAUUGUUUCAGUAAGCUCUUCAGGAAUUAUUUUCUCUAAGAAAUAAAGAAAACUAUGUUUCAUGGGGUAAAUAUGUGCUUCAAAAAGUUUUAUUUUCAGCAAUGUAUUUUGAAAAUUAAUUUUAAAAUAGGUUUUUUUAAUUAUUUUUCUCAAUUAAAAAAGACUGAAUUCAUACAUUCACCUGAAGAAUUCGAUAAAAGGAGGAACCAGAGACAAGCGCAAGGAGAAAAAGAGCACAGGGAUUAGGCGCAAUGUGGAUAACAGAGAUCAGAGAAUUGGAAACUGGGAAAGGUUCGUCAUUCUAGAAGAUAACAAAGCUAGCCUAGCUUAUUUCCUCCCAACUGAAAUCUCGGAGAGUUACAGCGCGCCUCCUGGGCGAGAGCUGGUGAUCAAUGGAGGCUUCAAGGAUACACUGAAGGUGUGGUCAUCUGACACAUCACGACAAGAUAUAAGAGAGCCCGCAUCAGAUCAUGAGGAGGCAGAUACUAGAAUGGUAUACAAGCGAGUCAACAUUUUGUGUCUUGAUACGGAUGUUCUUGUCCUCCUUUUGGCACACCGAGAGCAGCUUUGUCAAGAGAUAUGGAUGUUUGUGGGUACAUCAAGACAAAGGCGUUACAUACCAGUUCACAGAAUCCCACUCUCCGAGGAGAAGAGGAAGUCGCUUCUGGCAUUUCAUGCCAUUACUGGCUGUGAUACGACAAGCCAGUUUUAUGGUGAGGGCAAGGCAUCAGCAUGGAAAGUCUUCGAAGAUGUACCUGACCUCUUGGAACACCUUGGAGAAGAAAGCCAAAUCAGUGCUGACGUUCUUGCCAAAGCUGAAGCCUUUGUAUGCAAAUUCUACACGAGAACACGAGAGGUGGAAAUCAACAAAAAAAGAGCAGCAGCAUUUCGCAAAUCCAAGAAAGAUCUUGAUGCCCUACCUCUGACUCAAGAUGCACUGAUUCUCCACAUAAAGCGGGCAAACUACCAGACCAUGGUAUGGCAUAAAGCGCUGGAACCAUGUCCUUCUCUCCCAAAGCCUGAAGACAGUAGAUGGUACUACAGUGAAGGCCUUCUGAAGCGAAAGUUAAUGACACGAGAAGAAGUGUAAGCGGCGUGUUUACAGUUAGCAUACUGUGGGUGCUCCCAAGAAGGCGGAUGCUGUGUAAACCAACGGCGCACUUGCGUUCAACUAUCUCUUUACUGUUCCAAGGCAUGUAAGUGUGGCGACAGGUGCAGAAACGACAGGAACACUGCAGCAGAGGCAAAUGAAGCGUGACCUAUAACUUUGAUAAAGUGGAAGUCACAUGGUGGUCGGAUGGUGGUCGGAUAGUCGGACGACACUUGGUCGAGACAUGGUUGAUAGUCGUUCCAGAUGUGUCUCGGCCGGUAAAGCUUUUCGUUCACCGAUACUUUAUCGACACUUUGCCGAUAGUUCAUCGAUACUUCACUGAUGUAUUGGUCAGUAAUUGUCUUUAUUUUGAACACAGUAUAAAGCGAAAGGACAGAGCAAAAGGACAGGAUAAUGUAAUGAGAACGUAUGAGUAUUUUCCUUGCUGUAAAUGGAAAUCAUUCCCACAAUAAAUGAAUGUGUUCAGUCUGCUGGAUAUUUUGUCACCUUCCUCAGCACAUUAUCAGCGCGUUUUAUCAAUAACUGAUCGUUAAACAAAGGACUGUUCCCAUCUUCAGUGCAGAAAUAUAUAAGUUUAAUUUGUGGUUUCCGCACAAGCGAGAACUCGGCGUGAUGGAGCAGGUCAAAGCCCAAUAAUAAAAGAUGUGCAUUCCUCGCUCUUAAAGCAUGUCAUGAACUGCCCUUCCUAUUCAUUAUUCGUCCACUUCGAACUGCGGGAGCAGUCAUUUCCCUCAUCUUUCUUUAAGUAUUCUUCUACUGCAGGACCACAAGAGCAGCAGAUUCAACUUAGGCUCUGACAGGUUCUGUUUAACAGCUAAAAAUCAGACAAUCGGUGAGGAUACAAACUGGAAAAAAAAAGGUUACCAUGUCCCUAGGUCCCAAUGCUCUUCGGUUCGCUUCGUAGAGUAAUCACGCCUCACACUGCCACAUGUUCCCCCAUCGCAUGAUAACAGUAAUUAUGACGUCAUUGCUUAAAAAGAAAGCCAUUGGACUCAUCUGCUAAAUUAACACACGACUGAUAUUUGACCGACAGUUGACUGAUAUACCACCAACUGUUGACGGAUAUGUCACCGACAUAUGACCGAUAGUCGGUUGAGGUGCGUCGUCGAAAUAUCGACCGAUACUCGGCUGAUAGUCUAUCCCACGAUCGACUGACUAUCGACCGACUAUCAGACGACUAUCAACCACUAUAUCGACCAAGUGUUGACCGACCAUCGACCACUAUAUCGACCGAUAGAUGACUGAAAAUAGAAUGAUUUCAUUACAUCACGUGACCCAUCCUAGCUGAUCACCUAUUGCAUUUUUGUGUUUUUAUUGUUGGAUGUGUAAAUCGAAAUGAGAAACGUCAGUAAGUUGAAAACUAUAUUAAAGGAAAGUGUGAAUAGAGGGUCUUUUAUGCUUUAAAAUUGAUUUUAUUGGAAAGUCACGUGACUCUUCAUAACUUAUCACGUGACGCAUUUUAUCUCCCACACUACUGUCUAUUGAGUUCUAAACGUCAAGUAGCAAAGAUUCAGCUAUUUCCCCAUAGUAUUGUGCACUUUUUAUUGGGUUUAUAUAACUGUUACAGUUCAGCCUUGUUUUCAUCUGCUGGAGCGAGGGCCUAGACAAAAAACCCGCUUAAUGACAGAUAUCAUAACAUUUGGAGUGGGCAACAGCACAAUUCUUAAUCAGGAUGGCAAGACGAAGAUUUUAAGCUAUGUUGCCUGCUUCUACUCAAAAUGUUUAGCGAAAAUCGUUUUUUGGCGAGCUGCCUCCUGACUAUUAUUUUAUAAACCCUCCUAAAACCCCUCACAAAGUUGUAUAUGCACAGGGCUUAUAAGCAGAAGUUUACGGUGUUCUUUUCUGCUAUUCUGUGAUGAAGGGAUUAAAAGAGUAAAUUGUAAUCAAAAGUGGCCAAGUCUACUGUUAGAUGAUGGACUGAUACCAAGCAUGUUGGUUGCAUUUAUUGCAGAGUGGUCAAAAGAAUAUGAACAUGAAGCAAGGCUACCAGUGCCAGUAGCAGGUAUGUUACUUGUUUACUCUUAAAACCAUUUCCAUUUUCAUGUUAUCAGGUACUUUCUAACCCUAACCAUUUCUGAUACUACAUAUGAAUAAUUAUUGAUCAAGCGUAAACUCAAGAUGGCUGGAUAUAGGGCAAGUUCUUUUCGAAGGAGGCUAAUAUCAAACCGUUGUGACCAAGCUUGGUGUAGCCAAGACAAUUAUUUCUUGCAGGGGUGAAGCAGGAAAAAUGCAGCCAUCUUGCCCCAGAAUCCAAAACACUCCUUUUUGACAAGAGUUCUCUUGUAAUAUGUUCUUUUCCUGGUUUUUGUUCUUGCUCAGACACCCACAACUGUUGGGUAUUUCAUUGAAGAAGAACAGACUGAAGUUAAUGUGACUUUCAAUAGCUCAGUUUAUUUUAAAACUGUGUGCUUGACUUCAUCCAUUUAAAUUUGACAAAUCCUCAAUGAUUUGCCAUAAAUGUAGUAACACAUUGACUUAAAACAAGUAUUUAGCAGUACAUUAAGCUUGCAAACUCCACCAUCAGUUCAAUCAAUUGAUGAAAUUUGAUCGCCAGACCGCGAUCUUCUGUCGUAUGAAUUUCAACGACUGCUUUAAAUGUAAGGACUUUUCUGGUUCUUGCAAAGCCUAAUGGCUACCCCACUUUUCACGGGUGAUGUUUCUAAAUGGGCAUGUAUUUUCUGUAAUGUGUUCUUACAAAGAAGGUGCUUGAAAUUGUCUCAAUAAACCUUCUUACUUUUUUGUACUAGUAGUAGCCUUUAGUUGGUUUAACUUAAGAUUAUUAUUUUUUACACACUGUAGCACAGUUGUUCAUGGAACAAAAAGUUUCUUUCUAGGUGCAUUUAACUUCAGAUUUCAGUAUGACUCACUGUGCUCAUUGUUUACAGGUGUUCAUAAUGUUCCUACAAAGUGGGCUGAUGAGUAUUUAGAACAUGUAAGGUAAGUAUAAAUUAUAAAAAAGGUCUGCCACUUCUUUGGUGGUAAUUUAUUCAGUAAAGGUAUUGUUAAUAUUGCAUACAAAAAUAAGCCUUUGUAAUGUUCUAACUAGGCCUGCUCAAGUACCUUUUGGUGGCUGUUUGUUGUUUUUGUAGAAACUGUUGUCGCUUGUUGGUUGGGUAUAAUGUGUCGGGGUGCAUCACUGUGAGUGAUGUUCAGUGUCUUUUCAGUCUUUGUAAUUUUGUUAUUUGGUGGUCUCACUUAUCCAUAACACCAAUAGUUUUAUACAUGUACAUAAAACUUGUCUUUUGACAAACAUAAACUGCAAUGAUGAUUGUGGUUCAUCCAUUGUUAGAGUAUGCUGGUCAUGUUUGUCCUGAAUUUAGUUAUAUGGCAUAUAUCUUUGGAUAACUGGUAUAUAUGUUACAGGUCAUUUGAUUUCAGGUUAUUUUUUAUUUAACCUAGGUUGAUUCUCAAUUUCCUUUGUUUCCUAGCCCUAAUUCAUAAACAAUUAGGUCCAGGAGACAAAGAAAAUUGAGAAUCAACGUAGGGUUGAAAGUUCAGGAUCAGAGGAGGUGUCUCGCCCCAAAGCAUUCAACUUUUAUCAGAGAAUCGCCCUAGGCAUACUUUCUGAAGUUCCAAUUACUCUUCAUUUGGAAGAGGGUUUAGUCUUGACAUUGGGUCAGCGAGAAGCACUUCUGUGCCAGGUUUGUACUUGAUAGUGAAGUCAUAUCCUUGUAUUCUGAGUAACAUUAUCUGGAGUCUUGGAGGAGCAGUUGUAAGAUUCUUCAAGUGAAUCAUCUCAAGAGUUUUGUCAUCUGACUCUACCAUGAACCUCUUGCCAAACAAGUAGGAGUAAUAUUUCUCACAAGGAAAAAAAAACAGCAAGCAAUAUCACGCUCAAUAUUUGCAUAUUGUUUCUCAGUGUCAGUGAGUGCUCUAGGUGCGAAAGCAACAACUUUGCCUUCUUUCACUAAUGCACUCCUCUAAGGGAGGCAUCAACCUGGAGGAUUGUUUCCUUCUAAGGAUCAAAAUAUGUAAGUGAGACUUGACGGCAGAUUGACUGGUUGAUUUUCUCAAAAGCGGUACUGUGGGGAGGAAACCAGUGGAAGUCAGUGCCCUUCUUAAGCAAGUUCCUCAGAGGCUCAGACAAAGCAGACAGAUUUGGAAUAAAAGGAGCCAUGUAUUUUGCUAUACCAAGGAGGGACUGGAGUUCUUGGGCAUCUUGUUGGUCGUGGAUGGCUCAGAUAGCUUCCACCUUUUCUGGGUCAGGGUGUUCUCCUUCAGCAUCGAAUAACAUUCUAAAGAAUGUUAUCAUUCUUUAAUAACACGCCAUCGUCCACUGAUUUGAUUUUUGGGAGUAAGCCACGCUUGAAACCCAGUCAGUGGGCUCAGUCACAGGUUUAAUAACACCAAGAUUGACCAUUUCAUCAAGAUCCUUUUUAACAUCAUCCUUAAUGUGUAUUGGGCACUUCCGUGGUGCAUGAACUACAGGCAGCACAUCAGGGUCAAUGACAAUGUGGUUUUGCCCUUCAAAUCUGUCAAUGCCAUCAAAACGGUCAGGGUACAAAGCUUCAUUUAUUUAUUUAUUUUAUUUUAUUUGCCACACAAGGCCUACGCUUGGAGGUCACCUUUAUCCUUAACUGCUGGGAGAGGCACUUUGCUAGAACAUGUGCCUACUGCACAGAGUAACUCCACCAAGUUAAGUUGGCAACAAGUGGGUAGGCCACAAAUGGCGGGGCCAGCGACACCGGCAACAUAAAAACCUGCAUCAGUUUCUUUGUCACCAUAAGAGCUCUUGAUAGAACAUACUCCAUGCUGGGGUAUUUGGGUGCCAUUGUAUGCCGUCAGUUUGGUCUGACUCGGUGCUGUCUCCGUGGGAAGGCCAUUUUCAUCCACAUGGUGUGAAAACAUGUUCCGAUAAAUUCGCAAAGGCAGAAUAUUUCCUUGGGCGGCAGUGUCUACUUUUACUUUGAGCGCAGGGUUAGGAUGAUUAACAUUAGGCAAUUUUACUCGGAGCUUUGCAAAAGCUUCAUCUUUUACUGGAGUAACAUUGGAACUGUCAAUCUGAAUUGUCUCAAAACACAACUCAUCAGAGUCUGAAUUUGUCUCUUCAACUGUGUGUACCUUGUCCUGACUUGUCUUGGCCUGUGGUAUCCAACCCCAAGGCUGCUUCCGAAGUGAAGGCUUGGCUUUCUGGUCCUGUGCUUGUUUAUUUCUGCACACUUGUUCCCAGUGGUUCCACUGGUUAAACUUUCUGCACCUUCUACCUUGAGCUGGGCACUUUCUUUCAUGGCUGACACCACAUUUUCCACAUCUGAGGUUGAAUUCUGUCUGAUAGCAUCUAUGUUAGUGUCAUGAGAACGGGCGGAUGCUGAUGCACCUCGUUGCUCAAGGGAUUUCAUGUCAAUGACCGCAUCUUCCCUUGUCCUGGCAAUGUCCAUUGCUUUGUCAAGCUUUAACUUAUCAUCCUUUCCUAAGAGGACUUCUUGUAUCUUUCGUUCGCGAGUACCAAUAAUUAGUUGCUCAAUUAUACGCUCCUCCAGUUUGGCUUCACUGAAUCGACAUUUCUGGGUCUGUAUUUUGCACCUGGCCGUGAACGGAUCUACGCUUUCAUCAUCUGCCUGUCUGUGAAACCUUGCAGUUGGUACCUUGCAAUCCAAAAAUUUGACUUAGAUUCCAGGUACGUUGCAAACUUGUCAAAAAAUCGCGUCAGGUUUUGCUUUCUCAUCAGCGGUCAAGUCAAAAGAGUCAAAGAUUUUUCGGCCCUCUUCGCCAAUCCAGAGUAGAAUAUAGGUUGCCUUGACUUUGUCCUCUUUCGCGUUCAUAGGCCCAUCAAAGAUUAGCUGACAAUAUUGUUUGAAACUUUUAAAUGCCGUGUGUAAGUCAGAGUCAUUCCAUUCCAUCUGAGGCGGCUUAAUUUCUGAAAGCUCGCCCUUGUUUGUGAGAAAAAUAUGUCGGGUGGUAGAAUUACGAAGAUACUCGGCUGCACGCUACGAAUGAUUGACUUUGUAAUCCUGGUUCAUCGGGUCCACCUCAAUGUUUUAGAAGUCAAAACUUCAUUGGGCCUGUUGAAUUAUCCCACUUCUGACACCAUGUUAAAAUAUCAUGAACAGACUAUGAUAUCUGGGACGAGAUAAACGGAUAGAUGAACACAACUUUAAUACACCCGAGUAACAAGAUGGCGGGCCCCAAAGACAAGAAACUCAGGCCAGUCCCUAGCAUAUAGCAUACUAUAGCACCCGGCAAGUGUAAUUUCUUGGAAAUUUCCACCCGGGAUCCUGGGAUCCCAGCUAACCGGGCUGGCUCAGUUGUCAUAUAAUCGCAAAGUUGAUUUUUGUUGCGUGUACUAAGGUGCCGUGAUCUCUGCAAAGCGAGCCGGCCCGGCUCAUGUGUAAUCAGGCCCUUAGUUCUAUAGCCAGAUUUUACGCCCUCCCCCUUGACUUCACAGAUUUUUUAAAGCCCGCGAGCACACACACAAAAUUUUAGCCCCACCCCCUCAACAUCUUCAUACCCCCUUCUCUAUAUUAAAUAAAAUUUCCCUUAUCCAUGUUCUCUUCAUACAAAAAUUUUCAAAAAUAAGGAGAAAACAAUCCUUAACAGAAAGCCUAACAACGUUUGAAAUAAAUACUAUUGAUGAGACUUUUCACAACCACCACUUCAUUUCAACAUACUGUAACUACACCAUCCCUUCAUAACCAAAUUAGCACUUCCACAACUACCUCACUGCAACACCUAAAAUCACUUUUACUUCCCCCCAAACUUAUUUUUUGUUACUUCGUAUUUAACUCCACUCUCCUUUUCGUCUUUUAUUAUGGCUAAGGAUGUUUAGAAGUAUAACAUUUAAAUGUGUUUAUGAUUCAAACAGUGAGUACAGUGAUGCAUCAGUUUAAAGGUUCAUAUUAUAGUGUGUCCCCAGUGUGUCUUCGGCUUCAAGACAUUUAUGACCUAAUUCGGCUAUCACUAACGGUACAACAUACGUAUUUCAUAACCCAUGAGUUAUGCUUCAUCUGCUUGAAGGUGAAUUACACAAGAAAUCAUAUAUUUUCCAAAGGUCUACUAAUGCAACUUUAAUAAUUGAUAUCAUCUAGAUUUUGACUUUAACUCGGCACUAUGCGGCGUAAUUGUGUUUUUAAAGUUUUAAAGAGAGCUGUACCGAGUAAAACAAUUCUGUUAACAUGCUUUGUUUUCUUGCGUAUUAAGUUAAACAGACCUUUUCCGUUGCGGCAAAUUAAACAGUCUUAAAAGUAGUUAAAACGUAUUUAAUUUACCCAGUGGCUUAAUGAAGAUGCGUAACUUUUGUUGAAACAAUACCAUUAGCGAAUAAACUUGGAAGAAGCCAGUUGACAAAAUAAUAACAUGAGAUGAGUAGAAAUCAGUAUUUCAGCUGUUUGAUUAUUUUGUUGGAAGUAUAUGACGUUAGGGUAUCAAUCUUACCAUUGAACGAUGCAUAAUUUUAUUGCAGAUGUUCGAAGAGGAGAAAUUUGAGAAAAUUGAUCCCGUAAACAAUUUGCAUUCUUUCACGGACGAACUGAAAAAGGGACAAAGUCCAAUAUAUUCGCGUAUAAAUUGUGUGCAUGAAAGUUAUUAGUAGUAAUGUAUCGGUCAAAUCGAAGCUUCAACAUGCCCCCCCGGGCAUACCCCGGGCAUUUGACUCCUUUGACACCUUUGCCGUCCUGGGGAGGAGGGAAUUUGAUUAUCAGAGUCUUCCAGGGGGUGGGGAAUUUGAUCCCCAUGCUUUAGGGAUGGGGAAUUUGAACUGCGCCCUCGAUUUCAUAUAAAAUCUUUGGCGUGGCGAGCUAUGAUGGGGGACGCGGUAUUAGAGGAUUUUGGUGGAAACGAUUGUGCCUUUGUGGCCAAUUGGUUACAAGGAAAGGGCUUAAACAAGCUUUGUGCCGUUUUUGAAGUAUUUAAAUUUUAAAUUUUUUAAUAUUGGAUUCAGGCUUUGAAUGUAUGAAUGUAUGUUAUUGUUGUGUUUACAAUGAAAUACAAUACCUAUACCAGCGAUUCAAUGCAACAACAUAAAAUCAAAUCAAAUCAAAUAAAAAGCUCAGGUCAACUACUUUGACCUACCGCAAGUAUGUUAAUUUAUACAGUGAGCGAUGAUGCAUGUCAGUGAAAUGGUCAUGAUGUAGUAAUCUCAAUAGGUGGGAUCUUUUUUAUAGAACGCUCUGUAUGUUGCAUGAUGAAGAAAAGCUGAGCAUUCAGUGACCUUGUAGCAGCGAUUUCCGCCGCUUUGCACGAGUUUUUUGUUCGUAGUAAAUACGCUAACAGUGUGUCUCAGUUUUUGUUGUAUUUAUAAAGAUUUUGUUCGACAACUGAAGGCGUUUCCGCCGUCCCUCCUUCAUUUUUGUGCCUGUGAAAUGUCCCCGGGGUGGGGGCAUUUGAUCACCUGAAUGGACCCCAGUGUGGGGCAUUUGAACGGCAUUUUGGCCCGGGUAGGGGGGAAUUUGAACAAUAAUUUUCAAAAAAGUCAGAUGCCCGGGGGGUUGCCCGGGGGGGGGCAUGUUGAAGCUUCGAUUUGACUGAUACAUAAAGACUCAUAACCUGCAAGCCGUUUUUUUUCUUCGUAUUUAGUACACUAAGAGGGGGUUCAUGGUCCCAGGCGUUCCUAGCGGUGACCUUGGAAACUGGGAGUAAGAAUCGUUACGUGAGCGAAGCCACGCAUGUUUUGGGAAGAAAGUUUUGGAAAGAUUAAUGUGAUUUAGAACUUUUCCGGAACGGGUUGGUCCACGAAUUUUAUCUCUUGAAAGCGUUGAUUACUUUGGAAUAAGUGAACACUUCAGUGGUCGAUGAUGAGGCUAACUGGUCGGGUGUUGUAAACUGUCACUGUAUGCAAAUGAGUCUUGUGAUGAGCGUGCGGUGUAUUUUCGGCGGUGAUUGAAAUAACGCGCCACAUUCAUCACGUUUUUGAUAUCUGGCAAUGAUGUAAUUUCUCUCGAAUCGAGGCCCUUGAAUAGCCUGCGACCGCAGACGUAUGUCCGGUCGUCGCUAUCACGCGUACUAAAUCAAUUCAGAAACAAAUCGUCGAACACCAUAUAAAAAAGUAAAUAUCCUGAAGGAUACUAGGCUACUUUUAAGAAGUAAUAGCCUUUAAAUCUGUUUCAUUAAGGAGAAGCGCACGUGAACACCUCGUGGAUUAUGAUGAUGCAACCAUCUACCCAGCCACAAUGAUAAAAAUCGUGAUAUUUCGUUUUUAUUCGGUAUUCGAUGAGCCACAUUUUCUUAGGAAACUCCCAAGAAACCUGUGAGUCUUUGUUCGAAGCAACGUUUGGUGAGUUGAUAUUCAUUGUACUUUAACAGCCUGUUAAGUCUGCACCAGAUGUGUGAAGGAAAGACAAGGAAAUGUGAAUCUAUAGCAUGAGGAUCGACUCAGCCUUGCGCAGCGUUUCACGUUUUCAUUCAUCUAUGGCAAUAUCCAAUUUCGCACAAAAAAUCUAUAUUUAGGAUGACAAGAACGCUCUUAGAAGCGUUAAGCCUCGUUUGCUUGGAGAUUAGAUAAGAAAUAAGACGCUCUAAAAGCGUUGACUCGACCUUGCUUGGAGAUAAGAUAAGAAAUGAGGAGGCAGUUAAUUCUUAAGGAGCCUGUGUCCAGGGGUGGAAGCCAUAAGGACCAUGUGGGGAAGGCGAAAAAAAAAAUGCAAGCUAGCCAGGUUACACAAUAACCAUUGACUGCCUUUGAUACAUUCAAUAGUAUAAUAUUCGCACUGCAUACUUAUUGUCCCGGCACGGGGAACUAAGUUAUGGGAGGAAACCGCUAUUCUCACUGCAUACAUAAUUAGCCCGUGUCGCGGGGAAUAAGUAACUCCCUUAAAUUCCAUCGUGUUAGGCCUACGCGCUAGUGGCAUGAUGCAUUGCGGCCGUUUGUUAGAAUUGCUUGGUUUUUGCUCGCCUCUUGGCCAGUUCAACGGAGUUCAGAAGAAGUGUCAGUCAGGGCUCUACAUUAAAGGCUGCCCGCUUAUGCGGGUAAACCUCAAUAAAAACUAUGAGAUUGCGUAAACGUGAAUUUUUUUUAUGAGGUUAAAUUUUAGCAAUGAAUAGAAACACCACACCGUGGACACCCUUCUUCUUCUUCUUUUGUGGCGUUUCCUUGUGUUCUAUUGUUAGCCUUCGACAGCAAAAUAGUACUAAGCUACGAAGUGCUUAUACUAAAAAAUGCAAUAAACAGAAAUCUUAAGUGAAAAUUUCCAAUGAUGUCUAGGUAAUUAUACUGUAAUACCAAGGAAUCUUGCACAAUCAAAGGCAAUAUGAGGCAAAGAGGCUAGGCCUUGCGAAUAUAUGAUACCAAGGAAACAUCAACAAAGAAGUCAGUAUGAAAAAUAACAACGGUUCUCAAACCAACCCAAAAAUAAAUAGACUAUUCCAAUUUGUAGAUUAGUAGCUUCCAUUGGAAAUUAAGUCCUGCAAGCAGAAUGCGUGACAGUCAAGUACAAUGCUACCUGUAACGCAUCCGUGACUUACGUGACGAAUAGUGCAAGCUGUUGAAGAUUGAGUCAUUAAUAUCUCAAGUAUUUAUAAAUUGCAAUGCGACCUCACAUCUUAUCAACCCUGUCAAGAGACCUUUGUCACGCGGCGGCCAUUUUGUCCUUUAAAUACAUACAACGAAGUGAAUCUGCCAUAAACUAUCGAUUCCCCAAUUUAGAUAAUAUUGAAAAUUAAGCAAUAGUCUAGCGUGGUGUAUUACAAUUGGUUUUCAGUACUCUUAUGACUCUCAUACAAUAUAUAGCUCAAUUCUGAAAUGGGACGACUCCUAUAAAAUGUACAACUGCUUGCUCCCAGCCCAGACGCCUCCGUUGUUAGUGUCUAGAUUCAUAUCAACGAGAUUAAUAUUCGCUUAAAUUCACUUGCUUUCAACUUUCCGCCUUUGCAACAACGUAGCUUCCUACACAAAACAUUUCCUUGCUUUAAGUUUUUCAUGCCCUUUUUUAUCGACGGUCGAGUAAUCAUAAGGGUAUUUGCUUUUUAAAUCGCUUUCGGCGAGACGUGAUCAACAUGACCCGUCAUUUCAAUCAUCGCCGAAAAUAAACCGCAUGCUCAUCACAAGACUCAUUUGCAUACAAUGAAAGUUUACAUAGCCUCACGAUCGAAGUUUUGCUCAUUUGACAUUCUUCUGUUUUUCGACCCCUGCAGUAUUCACUCGUUCCAAAGUAAUCAACUCUUUCAAGGAAUAGAAUUCGUGGACCGACCCUUUCCGGAAAAGCUCUACAUCUUUCGCAUUAAUCUUCCCUAAGCUUUACCAUGCAUGGCUUAUCCCCAGUUUCCACGGUCUCCGCUAGGAGCGCCUGGGACCAUGACCAUUUGGCGCACACACACGAAAAAAAAAAAGUUGCAUUUUUAGAGUCUCGCUCUGCUAAAGCAGGCUCGACUGAAAAGAGUCUAUUCUUGGUAUGGUUACACUGAAGCAUUCAAAAUUGCUCUUGCACGUUAAACGUGCCCAUGUUAAUUAUUUGUUGAUGUGACAAAAAGGCUUUUAAACUUAACAUUAAAUUAUAAAAUGCUUUUUACGAAAACUAAUAUUAAUAUAGCAAAACAUAUAUCUUGAAUCUUAUUGCAAAUAUGUCUGAAAUGUUCCUUUUUUAAACAGUGAUGUGGGGCAGGAAUCUUUGGAUGAUUCUGCAUGGUGAGUAUGGAGUUAGUAGUGAAUAUUCCCCAAGAGAUGUUACAGUCAAAUCAAGUCAAGCAUACCCCUUAAGACUAUAUCAGUGAUAAGUGAUCAGGGAUUUUAAGUAAAUGGCUGUGGUAAAAAAGCCCAAAAAUGAUGCAGUGUGUAUGCUUGGAAAUGCUCUUUUGCUAUAGCGUCAAAACCUACAACAUGAGGACCUAUCUUGUGUCGUAAUCGCUACAACGUGAAUUUAAAAUUCGAUUUUCCUCCUAUUUUUUACAACUUGAUCAAUUUGCACUUUCUCAAGAAAGUAUUUGAUGCUUCUGGUUUUCCAGUAAUUACGUCUUCCUCGCGUUUUACUAACAGCGAAGGCAAAUGAGCCAGAAACCUCGCCGUCACUGUUUGAGUGCCACUUGCUUCAAGUUGAAAUUGAGGGGUCUUCUGUGACGUAUUCUCUCCAGGACUCAGCAUCCACGACCGCUGUAUUAGAAUUCGCCGUAGCGAUUUGCUUGACGUCCCUAUUAUUUGAAAAUAAUACAUCACAUUUAUUAAUUUUCUGCUUUCCUCCAAAACUGGCUGAAACAAAUCUUGUGGCGAGAACAGCACAGCAUGAAGGAAACUCCUCGUAUCACUAAAUUAUGUGAAGGAUAGCAAACUAUCGGGGUAUGUGCAUACCAACUGAAAUCAGACCACUACCACAAAGAUGCUCUUAGUUUUUGACUCCUUUAAAGCAAAUUAAAUGCGUUUAAUUUAUGAUUGAUGCACAGAUGCCGAACAAAGAAGCAGCAUAGUAGCUUUACCAUUUUGGCAGUGAAGAGCUAAAACAAUGGUUUCACACAUAAUAGUCCAUUUUACAGUUACAAGUGGAGUUGACCUUGUUUUAAUAGGAAACGCGAAAGCAAAGUAGAUUUGACUGUUUCAAUUUUAGAUCAUAGUAUAACUAAUGUUCCCAGCUUUAAAUACCUCGGUAUACAUAUAUCUUCGGAUUUCAUAUGGACUGAUCAUAUUGAACACCUAUCUGGGAAAAUCAAUCAGAGGCUUGGGCUUCUCAAGCGUAUGAAGCAUUUAUUGCCUUUCAGGGCUCGUCUACUUUUUUUAUAAAAGUCUUGUUAUGCCCCUUUUUGAAUAUGCUGAUCUAGUAUGGGGCGAUAAACAUAAUAUUACCCUUAUGUCUAGUUUGCAAGUUUUGCAAAAUAAGGCCGCUAAAGUUAUUUUAAAUAGACCAUUGUACUCAUCCUCCACUGAGGCAUUAGCCGUUCUCAAGUGGCUGCCUCUAGAGAAAAGGCGAUUUCAAAGAAGGUGUGUACACGUAUACAAAUGCAUCAAUGGCCUAAUUAAUCACGAUAUGGACUUGAUUAGACAAGACGUACUUCAUAGGCAUAAUACACGUAACAAAGGCAAUUUUAGAUUACCACGUGUCAAAAGAAAUUGGGGGAAGCAAAGAACACAAUAUCAUGCCGUUUCCGAUUUUAACUCCCUCAGUCAGACGAUCAAAGACUCAAGGAAUGUAAAUAGUUUUAAACGUAAUGUUUUUAAGUUUUUGAUAUAGCUACUUACGUUUAAUUUUUACUUAAUAUACUUAUUUUUAAUUUUUUAUGCAUUUUUUGUAUCUUUUUAAUCCCUUUGCAAUUUUAUAGCUUUUUUUUGUUUUUAGGGAAAGUUCAUUUAAUAUGACAAGGGGGGGAAGAUAUUGAAACUCGAAGCCUGAAAUUUUAGCAGCCCCCUCGCUAGCGGUUCAAUUUUUAGGAGCCCCUCCUUGGUAGUCGAAAAAAAUUUCAGAGCCCCCCCCCCCUCAUCCUUCAAUUCCUUUGCUCCCCUGAAAAAAGAUCGAUAGACUGUAUUAAAUAUAUUUACCGUUAUUGUCUUCAAUGGUUUAUACUAUGACAAACUUGAGAUACAGUUGUGUUACAAUUUUCUAAAGCAUUUUUGGGAUGAACAAGAGUGUAAUAAUUACUGAGACUACAUUUUGUUAUAUCUGUAAACCACGUGAUUUAGCUGAGUUGCAAAGGUCAUUAAAUUGUUGAGUUGAAAAUCAUCCGAUCUGUAUGAUGAUGUCAUGUGUUGGUUUUGAAGUAUAAAAAUUUUCGGAGCCCCCCCUCCUAGCCCAACAAUUUUUUCAGAGCCCCCUCAAUAUUUUCAUCCCCCUCAAUAUCUUCAUCCCCCCCUUGUCAUAUUAAAUGAACUUUCCCUUAUAAUAUAUAUCUAGUUUUGAGGUCCUUUUUGAAAACCAUAUCUUUUAUGAAAAAGUUUCCUCAAUAAAGAUGAUUAUUAUUAUUAACCCUUCCUGCUUUAUUAUGCGAGUCAUGUUGUUCUUUUGCCAACUAGUAUUUUUGAGCAUAAAAGGAAAGGAAGAGGUUUGAAUCAAAACAAGGUCAACCCCAGUCUCUCAUUCACUCAAAAACUCAAAACUGUAAAAUGGUCUAUUCAAAGAUGAAAUAGGCAAAAUAUAUUAAUUGCUGUAUGAAGAAUAUCCCCUAGAAUAAGCCUCUCUUCUUAUCCUGAAAUUGUAAGGGAACAGGUAAAUGUUUUGAAGACGGAAUUCAAUCGCAUUCAUUCUUAAUUUUUGUACAGUAUGAAGAGUUAUGCAGAUUAAAGAGAAUGUCUUGCCUCAACAGAGAACACCGUUCUUGAUAUGCAUAAUUUUUCACAUAAUACUCAGCCACAUCCAAUAAUUUAUGUUAAGAAUAAUUGUAUUAAAUAUGGAGUAAGCCAAGACUUUAUGAAUGAGUUAUACUCAAUAUUAAUUUUAUAGGGUGAAUGAAUAUAAGUCUGAAAGUGAAAGUGCGGAACUUUCCAAGACUGCCGGAGAGCUACUUGAAAAUGCAGAUGACCCAAAGUUUGCAAAAUCCAAGGUUAUUUUUGUGUUGUGUUUUUCUUUUUAGAAAUGCUGGUAGAAUAGAGUAGAAAUGUUACCCGUAGAAUUAUUAAGUUAUCAUUAUUACCGAAGAUUCUUGGACACUACACAGUUAGCCUGCGUAGCUGGCGGUUUUUUUUUUGUGUUAUUCUUUUGUGGUUCGCAAAGAAAGAGAUGCAGCCAUGCGAAUAAUGAACGGAGGUCUAAACAGAAAACGGUAGGGGAGGGGGCGUGCUUCUCACCCCUCCCCCUAUUUCGACCUCGGUUCAGCUUUCUAUGGAGGUGUUUUAAUGUACUAUGUGACUAAGGCGGAUAAAGGUUGGGCGAUGAAACGAGCACUGUACAGUACCGCAAAUUAUCCUCAACCGCAAAUGAUCCCGAGAGCGCAAAUGAUCCCCAAAAUGGACCGCAAAUGAUUCUCGACCGCAAGUGAUCCCCAAAGUAGACCGCAAAUGAUCCCGAAAGAAAAAUAGGAAUGACCUGGACUCAAGUUAUCGGACCAUCGUGUCGAUUUUCUUAUUAUUACAGUAAGUCAGAUUAAAAGCUAAAGUUUACUUCUCAAAUAAAUAUAUGAAUAAAAACUAAAUGGAAAAAAAUCAUUCAAAAGCAAAUGUGACUUUUUCCAUUCCUCAAGCCGCUUAUUUCAUACUGAGAGGUCAUGACAUGCAUUUUUCUGCGAUUAUUGUUGUUUCUGGUCGGCAUGAUUUGCCCAAAACAUUUUGAUGCAAGAAACAGUACAUAAGUAGGUUAAGUAUGAUCUUCUGGGUGAACGUUUCUUUUGUUACUUUGACCUCUUUUGAAAUGCAGUCAGCUUACAUUCUACAUUCUAGGGAGCUUGAAGCAACUCGAAGCUUUUAGCAGUCUAUCUUCGGUGGAAGCAUAAUAAUGCCAAAAAUACGAAUGUAAACGUUGUUGAUGGGAAGCCCACCGUAAAAAGAUGGCGAGAGUACAUUUUGGAGGUGGUAUAGUUCAUGAACUAUACGAGAGACCCAUUUUUAAGCGAACUCUUCCGAGUGAAUCUUUUACCGAGAAAACUUGUGUAUUUAUGUGAUUGUUGACGUCUACCUCUUUGGUUACGGUACAUUAACGACGCAUUCACCGCUCUACAUUAAGAUGAAAUCGACGAUUUUCACGAACACCUUAACAGACAGAACGCGGACUUACAGUUAACCAUGGAUAAUAGAAAGACUGGAUGGGAAAGUGGCUGACGUGAUCCGUUCCAACAUGUGGAAAAAUAUGAUGCACAUUAUGGAGAGCCAUUGAACCUUUUACAUCCGAUGUGUUGCGCGUCUUAUUUUUCCUCGUGUAUUUCACUAUCUCUGUCUUCAACUUUACAGAUUGCCCAUGUUUUGAUUUAAAAGGAUGAAGAGGACUUGCUCUUGGAGAAGACAGUUAGAAGGUACAAAACCGGUAGAGGCAAAAGACAGAGUAAAUGAUUAUGAAACUUAUGACAGCGAAGAAUGACUCCAAAAUUACAGCACCUACUCUGCAAUUAUGCGUAUGCACACAAUUCCAUCCUUAAAAGAUCUGUCAGUCGUAGGUAUGAAUAGAAAUAAGAAGGAACCUUCAUAAUAAAGGUGUCCCAAAACAGUCGCCUAGUCUACUAAAUAUGGCUCUGGUAAACUCAAUUUUUGGGACGCAAUUUUCUCAAAGACAAGGACAAAUAACCCAAAACAACAAUAACAAGCGCUUACUUCGAAGGUUUACGUGGGGCUUUGAAGGGUCGCCGUCGCCGUAAGACAACAAACGAAAGGAAAAACGUACACCAAAAGUUAAAGUAGCACUAAAAACUUCGAAAAAGAACAACAUGCAGGCAAAUAAACCCUACAUUUCGACUGGUUUGCGCCACACUUUCGCCAUCGUUUCGUCACAGAUUUCUACUAUGAUGGAACCAUCCAACGUCAUCUUGAAGCACAAAACAACCUAUCAGCGAUAAGAAAUCAACCCACGUGACGUAAGUUUUCUGUCCAGUCUUUCUGUUAUCCAUAAGUUUACCAAGAUCGAGGGAAAUGGUAAAAUACCUUUUCUAGACCGCUUGAUCGCACGUGACAACAACACACUACGAAGGACAAUUUACAGAAAACCGACAAAUACAGUGUACCUACUGAUUACUAGACCAGUCAUCGUACAACCCAACCUCUCUCAAGGCUACAACUGUACGGACUUUGACGAGACGAGCGCAACUAGUUUCCGACUCGCCUGACAGCCUGCGAGACUGACUACCUAAACAACGUUAAGGGACUUUGUUAGACGGAACACUCACAGCAGCACUGAUUCCAACACUCAGACCAACGUCAACUCUGGCCCUGUUACGACAGCGAAUCGACUAUACCGUACAUCAGAGGCGCCUAUCGCACGUAUACUACAACCUUACGAUAUACGUGUUGCACACAAACCGAUACCCACUUUACGACGACUACUUACUUAUGUCAAGGACAAAGACAAAACGGAGAACAGACAGGGAGCAGUAUACAAGAUCAAAUGCUGCGACUGCCAGGCUACUUACAUUGGUGAAACCGGGAGAAACCUUAGCACGCAACUGAGAGAACACAAACGAGCAACGAGAAAUGAUGACGUCAACAAUCACAUUGCUGAGCACCAUUUAUAGGCGAAACAUCAAAUCGACGCGGACCCUGUGACACGUAUUACGUAUUCUACAGACUACUAUGAACGACUCACUUUAGAAAGCUGGUUUACUAACUUAGAACAAACGCCACUGGCUCGUAGUCAACAGUUACCGGCACCGUAAAAACGACUUAUUGACGUGCUCAAGCAAAACUAACAAUCAGAGAACGACUGGACAACUGACAAUUUGACUAACAAUAAACGACUGUUUAACUGUGACAAUAGAUGGAUUGAAAUGCACCAAUGACAUUACGAAUCUUCAUAGCCAAUUAACUGACAGACGACCAAUAACAUCGCAACUAAAUUGACCAAUCGGGUCAAUAACUAGAGUGUAGUAACAUCAACUGAUGUGAUACAACUCACUUUGACUCUGAAGAUGACUUCCACACAGGUUGUCGAAAUGUCAGUCACUGUCAACAACAAUAGUGCUCUUCAGGACUACGUUCACCCGGACGAUCACACUAAACCUACUUAUGAAAUGACUCCUGGGUUCAAACCUUUCACAAAGUAAACAGUAGAAACUGACGGGCAACUAAUUUUGAAGUUCUGAAGAAACAGAAAGACGUAUGAAAUGUUUUGUCAAAAUUAAAAAGAAGCGUGAUGGUCAUUGAAAUUAGCAUAAUACACCUUGUACUAGUUGCCCGCGCGCAUUUAUAAAAUACACGUCAUCUGGUUAUGGAGCGCCUUCUGCUGUUUUUGAGGUUUUGCUUCGUGUUUUAGACAGUAUUUAGUUGUUUUUGUUUUGGAAGAACCUCGACAUUACUGUGGCUGCCGCCGCAGUUGGGAACUUAACCGAGUUAUUCCCAAUUAACGAAGUAAAGUUAACUCGUUUAAAAAGCCAUAUAAUUCAGUGGUAAAGUCAUGGAAGUAAACAGAGAAACCACUUGAAAUUCAGUGACAACAGUGUCUAAUGGACAAACCACACCGCUAGCCCUGGCCGAAUCACAGUCCCAGUCCACUACAUUACACCUAUUUGCUCGGACGCGUUCGUUUCAUCGCCUAACCUUUAUCCGCCCUGAUAUGACUGUUAAGCUACAAAGGGCCGAUUAGCGUGAUUUUACUUGAACCGUGAAACAGAUACUAACAAAUAGUGCCAAAAAGCAAGAGGUUAACAAAAGAAUACAAUGGAAUUAGUGCAUAAUAGUGCGUAGUAUUCUACUACCUGUUUCACGAGUUAAGUAAAAUCACUCUAGAUACCAUAACUGGGUGGAGAGUGUCAUGUAAGGGUAUUUUCAAGACAGAUCCAUUUAUUCUAACUGAGAAUAAACAAUGUCAACUGUGGGCCCUGCAGUCUUAUCUAUUAUUGUGCAAGAUAUGGUUAUAUGGUGAUUGAAGAAUGUAAAAUGUGAUCAUCAUUUAAAGAAAUAGGAAAUUAACUGCUUAUCCCAAUAAUGAGUUUUUCAACGUUUCUUUUCCAGAGAUUGUGUUAAUUAAAUUGUGAGACAUAAAACAGAGAAGAAUUUCUUUUGUUCUUUCCAGUUUAUGAAGUUUGUAAAGAAACUUAGAGAUGGUGAAUACACAAUUGAAAAUAACCAGGCAUGUUUCAGACAUUUCUGUCAUCAGUCAUGUUUUUCUUCUACUUGUCUAGCAAAAUGACUUCUUCCUAUAAAAAGGAGCUGUUGUUGUUGUUGAGACGUUUAGAUAAGUCAUGUAGUUUUUGCUUUUAAAAUGCAAUUUAUUACUAGUAAUAACCAAAGGUUACGGAGUGCAGACGACAUCGAUCGAAGGUGAAAACGCUUUUGCUCAUCGCUGUACUUUGCGUAAGUUACACGUGACAGAUAGUAAAAACAUUCGUGAUCAGAUUACGAGUGAUAAAAGGUCCAAACGCGGGUUAUCAAAUUGCGUUCUGUGCAUUCCAUUCAUUCUUAGUGGAAGUCCAAUCGAUAGCGACCUGGAGAUUAAGAUUGCGAGCUCCUCUUGUCGCCCGAAAUUAUUGCCAAGGUCUUGUUAAUCAGCUCAACUUUCUACAAAAUUCCCUGUUUUGAAUUUUUGUAAAUUCAGGGCUGUCCUUUAGAUACGUAAUUCUGUCACUCAUUGAAUUGUUUCUAAAUGCAGAUGUUUAUAGUUACAAGAUUCUCUGUUUUAUCUCCGACCUGAAGGGAAAGAUGAACAUCUUUAAGUUAAUCACUUCAUACAAAGAAUUUGAGAUAAAGUCAGAAUUAAACUUGACCGAACUAAAAGAGGCAUGUUUUAAUACCCCAUCAGGGUAUAUUAAUGUAAUGCAUGUAAUCUUUACAUUUAUGUAUUAAAAGACGUUUUGCUUCUGUAGUUUGUAGUUUUUAUUUGUUGGAGCAGGUUAAACAUAAAUAAAUUUGCACGGCUCCAAUAAAACGAAGGAUGGUAAAGUGAUAAAGCUUAGUGAGUUUGCCAGCCACAGUCAAUGACUCUGGCAGAUGCCCGGUAUUAUGUAAUUAUUAAUCACUGGAAGCCACUUUUCGUAGCAGUACUGAUGAUAUCGUGUUUGUCGGAAGGUGGUUGAUGCUAAGACGGGGCAGGAAGUAACAGAAGAAACUGAGGCAGCAGAGCAUUGGGUUGAUGAGUAUGAUCAAUUUAGGACAACUGAAGCAGAUGAGUGGGUCAGAGAGUUAACUUCAGGAGCUAAUAUCCAUAAGGUAUACUGAUAUUCAGGCUUAUAUAUGUUCAGGUUUCAGAAACAAUCAUUGUUCUUCCCCCAUAAGAAUCUUGGUAUUUGAAAGCUAACACAACAGUGCCGAUGCUCUUCUUUAAGCUUGGGCUAUACCUGUACUCAAAUUAAUACUCAAUGCAAGAUGGCAAGUUCAUUAAAAUACUGAGGAAACUUAUUGGAAACUAGUGUAUAAUUGAGAAUGUUCUGACUUUCAUGUGCAAUCCCAUAUCCCAGGAUUUUGUCAAAAACUAGAAAUAACUUGUCGCUGCAUAGUGUAAUAAACGCUACCACAUAAGCUUGCUUUGCUAUGUACGCUGCAAUGGUUUUCAUUUGAACCUCUAGAAUAUGAGAUUUUAUCCAAAAAUAGUGAAAGUUAAAAAAUCCAUGCCCAUGGUUUAGUGAAUAGUUAAUAGUUACAUAUAUUAUAAUUUCAGUCUGAUAUAGAUUUCUGGGAUCAUCUUGAAGGCGAAUGGGAUGAUCUUAUAAGGUUAGUAAAGGUAAAUUAGAGCGGUUUUCACUUGACUGUCGUAAAGCCAAAAUCAAAGUAAAUACACUAGCCAACCAAAGGGCGUAGUAAAACCAAAACCAAACCAAUUCCUCAAUUACUUUCGACAGUCGAGUGAAAACCGCUCUACAAGCAUAUCCUGUCACUUAGUUCAUAACAUGCCUGGCAGGCAUUCUGGGAACAAGACUCUACCUUUUUCUGUGGUGCUACUUCCCCCACCCCACACCCUCUUUAAUGUAAUAUGGGAUUAAAUUGUGUUUUGUUUUAGACGCGAUGGGGAAGAGGCUCACCCUUGGUAUAAUGAAAGGGAAGCUGCAAUAAACAAGGUAACACUUGUUAUUCUUAUGUUUAUUCUUGUUAUUAUCAUUAUCGUCGUCUUCAUCAUCAUUUACGUAGACGCCAAUAAGAUCAGCUUUAAUAUUCUACAGUGUAUUUUAUUGCUCCGUUUAGACAGCUACUAUACCUUACAUGUACACCAGUGGCACCAAAAAACUUGUUAUUGCAAACCGAUAGGGAAUGGGUACAAGUCCGUGCAUUAUUAUAUAUUUCUUUCGAUUCUUUAGUUAGUAAAUUUUGGAGUUUUGGGCGGGAUGCCUGUAUCGAUUUCAACAUAGACUCAAUCAACACCAGUUUGAGGAUUCUGUAAAUCUUGAUGUGCUCUUUCUCACUAUGUGGGUCUUGGGUUGUUUAUUCUGUAAUACACCGGCAAUUCCACAAUUUAAACGACUGUUAUACUCUAACAAUAGACGAAUCGAAACGCACCAAUGACAUUUCGAGUCUUCGUAGCCAAUAACAUCUCGGCUUAACUGACAGACGACCAAUAACAUCGCGACUUAAUUGACCAAUCUGGUCAAUAACCAGAGUUUAAUACCAUCAACGGACGUGAUACAACUCACUUUGACUCUGAAGAUGACUACCGCACUUGUUGUCGAAACGUCAGUAACUCUCAACAACAGUCCUAUUGUAGACUACUUUCACCUGGACGAUCAUACUCAACCUACUUAUGAAAUGACUCCUGGGUUCAAACAUGUCACACUAUUACAUGUACUUGUUACUCACUAAUCUGUCGCCACUGUAAAACAAAUACUCAUUCAUGCCAUGAAUAAAGACCGACUGACUGACAGAAAACGAACAGCAGAAACACUCGACUGUUUGGAAAAAAUGGACCGACAAGCCUGCUCCCUUUUGUCCUUUCCCCUCUCCGGUUUUCGUUGCUUGCGACGCAGGCUAGACAAAUAUGAUUCACUAUACAACGACAGAAUUACAAUGAAAAGGAUUGAAUCACUCCAGUCGCGUUUAGUCAGCAAUAAUAAGGCUUAACUAACAGAUUUCGAUCAGUCGUAACAUUGUGUCCAAAUUAACCAAUCUGAUUAGUAACUAGAGUUUACUUGACCCAGACAUGGCGGCUAGAGUUAAAUGUUGUUUGUUUGUAUUCCUCGGCUACCCCUUCGGUCAUGUGAGCUUAUAAACUUUUUUGUCCCAAAUACGGCGCUUUAUCUAGGGUAGCGCUUAUUCGAGUAAGACUGUCAGAUGACAGCAGACGUCCUUGUAGAAUCCAAGUCACAAGCUUUCCUCAUUAAUCCUCCCCUCUUUAUGGAUGCCCGACUUAGCAAUCGGCACCGGUAUCUGAUAGCAACACUUGUUUUUUGGGGUACCAAAUUGUUCCAACAGUUGCCCUGUAUUGUAAAAAGCCAUAUACUCUGUCUUGGUUGUUAUUGUUGUUUGUUCAGUUAGCCGAGCGCUGGUUUGCUUGCGGGAGGUCAUGAGUUCAAACUUCGGUCGAACCUACAACCAGCAAGAUCAUUCGAUUCAAGGUGAAACCCAAUUCCUCAUGUUCUGUGACGGUGAAAGGCAAUACACAGGCAGCCCGCGCGGCCAUUUUUGGUUUGGGUCUAUACCAUUACUGUAUGAUACACAACUUAGCCCGAGCAAAGAACUCGUUUCUAAACGAAAAGAACUGCUGACAAAUGCCUUCAGCCUUUUCAGCCUUUGCCCGAAGAAGAGAAUUUUAGCUAAUUUUAAAGACUGUCACCCAGAGUAAUCUAUUGUAAAGAACCGAAUUGUGGACCUUGAAGAAAGAGGACGUGCGAAGACAGGAGAGCUGUUCCUUUUUUCAACAGAAGACAUAGUUUGGCUUUGUCAUACCCUACGGUAGAGUGAUCUUGUCCCAUGAGUCGUUUAGGGGAGAAUGAGAGGAAAGAGGCCACCUGGGAGACCUCGAGUGGGAAUGCUAGAUAGAGUGAAGGAUGGCAGCCGUUACUUAGCGGUCAAGAGGUGCGCCUUAGAUCGGGAACUAUAAGGAAGGACCUGCCUGUAGGCAGAACACACACACACGCCGUACUUCUACCCGUAAAAUAAGUGACCCUGAUCAUAUUCAGUUCACUCAUCAGGGGUUGACUCCAGUCUGGGCUCAAAUCAUUUCAAUUUCUUCUUUUCGUUCUUAGGAAUAUACAUUUGAGGAGGAUAACCCACUGUUAGAUCAUCCUAAUCCCUUCGAGGAAGGACUGAAAAAACUCAAAGAAGGGGAUUUGAUCAGUGCCAUUCUGUUAUUUGAAGCAGAGGUAAAUAGUGUUCGAAAUAUUUCCGCAACUUCAGAGCGAUAUCUCUUUCGCGCGCGAUUUUCCAAGAAACCUCACCGGAAAUGAAGAUAAAAAAACUGUCAAAAAACAAAUAGACAACAACUUUCCAUUGUCUAUACCUUUUUAUAAAAUAACUAAGAUAGUACACGCGUUCUGAUUGGUUAAAAACGUAUUGUUUAUUGUGCCGGUAAACUCAGAAAACGUAAAGUUAUUUAUAAAAGCAAUAGACCACACUUUCUAUGUGUUUACCGGCGUGAUAACCCACGCGGGAUGUUGGGAGAACACGAGAAAAGCGUGAUUUACAAGCUUCUCGAGUGUUCUCCCAACAUCCCAAGUGGGUUGUUCAAAACUCUUGCCUGCGGCUUAAUUUUUGAACAUUUUGAUUGAGUUGUUACUUUCCUUUUGUUUUUGUUCUUCUCCUCAGGUCAAGCAAAGGCCAGAGCAUGCUGAGGUAUAACCAUCGUUAGGUUCUCUCUUUUCUUUUUCCUUUUUUUUUUUUUGCAUUUCUGAACUAUUUAACCCAUCAUCAAAUUUUCCUUACACCGUUGUUUCAGGCGUGGCAGUACCUGGGCACAAGUCAAGCAGAAAACGAACAAGAUAUUGCUGCAAUAAUAGCGUUGAAUAAGUAAGUUUAUUGUCCUUCUUCAGCUCUCACUGUUGUGUAUCUUUUUAAUCAAGAGUUGUAGAGGUCUUACGACUUGUUUUCUUUUAGGUGCCUUGAAAAACAGCCAGAUAAUUUAACGUCGCUUAUGGCUCUUGCUGUUAGCUACACCAAUGAGUCUAUGCAGUCACAGGUAAUGUUAUCCAGUCCUUCAAUAACCGCGUCUUUUUUCGUUCUUGAAAGAAAGCUCUGCUGUCAAAAGGAGGCAACUAUUUUAAGCCCUUAAGUGUUGGUUUGCUCUGCCAUUUUCGUUUAUUAAAGGGGCUGCAAACCAGCCACAUGGAAGGUGCAUCUAGGUGACCGUAAAAUGGACUGCUUCUUUUCCCCUUGAAAUCUAAAUUCUAACGAACUUAUAAGUUGAAUUCAUACAGAGAAAAGUAUCACUUGAGGCAGGAUCAACUUAUUUUAUGGCACCAGAGCUAACUGUGGAAUUGCCAUUUUAGGCAUCCUACUAAUAAACAGCUUUUGCAUUGAGAUAUUCGCAGAAGCAACAUACAUUUACAGUCUGUCACCCUUGGAAUUGUAGCCAAUACCUUACCACCCGGGACUGGUGGAAGAGCACUAUAUCAGUUAACGGCAUCACUUACAGAAAAUAAUUUGGCACACGGAAGUGUAUUUUAAUCAGUUUUUUAUACCCUUUUGCAGGCCUGUCAGACGUUGAAAGCCUGGUUAAAGGCCAACCCUCGGUAUGUAUGUAAAAGGCUAAGAUUGUAGUUAAAGAGCUUGUAAAAAUGAAUUCUCGUUUGAGAGAUAAUAUGAGCAGCGGAUCUGUAUAUGUGCGUUUACAAUGGUGAGUCGAAGAUGAUCCAUUGUGAAGUCCAGAAAGACCGGAGGCGAAUAUUAUAUAUAUAUAUAUAUAUUUUUUUUUUUAUCAAAAGUUAAUGAACAAUAAUUAGUCGAUUUUCAUUGAACACUUAUUGAAUGAGGCUGAGUAUGACGUAAACGCGCGGCCACGGUUUCAGGAUAUUUAACAAUUAUUCCACGAGGGUGCGUUGGAUAUGAGAUGAUAGACAGCCAACAAGGCACGUAGCGCCGAGUUAGCUAUAAUCAUCUCAUAUCCAACAAGCGCGAAUGGAAUAAUUGUUUUAUUAAAAACGCCCACAAAAUCUCGUUGAAUCUCCCCGACUAGAACAAACCGGAAAAGACAAGGGACUUCCGCUAUUCACAUGUCACACGUCUAUCAAAACUGUCAACGCGCGAACGGACUCGCCUGAACUGCAUGAAUUAAAAAAUCAAAACAUUGUAGCGAUGAACGUUAGUUUUUUAAAAACUCGUCGGGAUUCUAGGAUUUUACACAGCAGAACAGUGACAGCCGUCGAAAUUACUGUGAAUUUGGAUUUUCGGUGCAGUUAUAAAAGUAAGAACAACGGAGAAAAACUAUUUCCUCGGUCGGUUGUUAUGAAGUUGUUUGAAGCCACAAGCUGGUUUUGCUGAACGAGAAAAGAAGCUAUACUACCGCCUCGAUUGCUCUAGUGAAUGGCUGCAUAGCCUGUAUUUGUAGCUGGUUACUUGCGAUUUAUAUUCUUGAUGUCGGAGAAACAAGCCGCAGUUAUCUAUCGGCGAGUGACGCGAUCGGCGAAUGGCUUCGCGAUCGUGAAGAAACAACACUUGUCUUCUUUCGUAGCUGGUCAAGAUACUUUAGUUCCAUGUGUUUUCAUCUGUUUUUCGACAAACUUUCAAAAAAGCUCUUGUGGCUUUUUGUUUGUUUUUGUCUUUUUUCUUUCGAUGAAAUUGCAU